CAAGGGCCGGAGGGCGGUCUCCGACGGCGGAGGCGGCGGAAGCGGAAAAGGCGGGACCUAGGGCGCACGUUACGUCAGCACGUGCGAACGCUAGGGCUAGGUCUCCGGAAUAGAUGGUGGCUGCUUCGUGCGCGUGUUGGCUGUCGAGAGGCUCGCCGGUGGGCUGUAGAGUUGUGACCUCAUGGCGGAGAUAAUUCAGGAACGCAUAGAAGAUCGACUCCCCGAAUUGGAACAGCUGGAGCGUAUUGGAUUGUUCAGUCAUGCGGAGAUUAAGGCUAUCAUUAAGAAGGCUUCAGAUCUGGAAUACAAAAUACAGCGAAGAGCUCUUUUUAAGGAAGACUUCAUCAAUUAUGUUCAAUAUGAAAUUAAUCUUUUGGAGUUGAUUCAGAGAAGAAGAACUCGCAUCGGGUAUUCAUUUAAGAAGGAUGAGAUUGAGAAUUCUAUCGUACACCGGGUACAAGGUGUCUUCCGGCGUGCUUCAGCAAAAUGGAAAGAUGAUGUUCAACUUUGGCUAUCCUAUAUAGUCUUUUGUAAGAAAUGGGCCACCAAAGCUCAACUUAGCAAGGUAUUUUCUGCCAUGUUGGCCAUUCAUUCAAACAAGCCAGCUUUGUGGAUUAUGGCAGCCAAAUGGGAAAUGGAAGAUCGCUUAUCUUCAGAAAGUGCAAGACAACUAUUUCUUCGAGCUCUGCGCUUUCAUCCAGAGUGCCCAAAACUUUAUCAAGAAUACUUUAGGAUGGAGUUGAUGCAUACUGAGAAACUGAGGAAGGAAAAGGAAGAAUUUGAAAAAGCCAAAAUGGAUGUGGGGAAUCUUGAUUAUCCUGAAGAAAUCCUUAAGGGCGAGUUGGCACGGAUUAUCUACAAAAAUUCUGUGAACAUAAUUAAAGGUGCAGAAUUUCACGUGUCACUGCUUACAAUUGCACAGCUAUUUGACUUUGCCAAAGAUCUGCAAAGAGAAAUUUAUGAUGAGGCUGAUGCCAGCGAACUGCUUUUCAGCCUUCAGGCUCUACACACAGAUGACCCUCUCACUUGGGAUUAUGUAGCACGGCGAGAAUUAGAGAUAGAGUCACAGCCAGGAGGAGAGCAGCCUGCGACAAAACAAGCCAGAGCAGUGGAGGUGGGCCGGAAGGAGGAGAGGUGCUGUGCUGUGUAUGAAGAGGCGGUGAAGACUCUCCCUACAGAGGCCAUGUGGAAGUGUUACAUCACGUUCUGCUUGGAAAGAUUCACCAAGAAGACAAGCAGUCAGUUCCUCAGAGAGAAGAGGCUGGAAAGAACCAUGAUGGCGUUCAGGAAGGCACAUGAACUCAGACUUCUACCGGAAUUUCAGUACAAGCAGUGGAUUGAGUUGUUGCUGCAUCACAACUUCUUGAAGGAAGCUUUGGAGGUGGCAGUAGCCGGGACUGAAUCGUUCAGAGACUCUGUAACGAUGUGGCAGAUGAAGCUGCAGGUGCUGAUUGACUCCGAGAGCCCCGAUGUAGCUGUGCUUUUUGAAGAAGCUUUUGCACACCUGAAAGCCCAGAUUUGUCUACCAUUGUGGAUUUCUUGGACAGAGUGGAGCGAAGGUGCCAAAAGCCAAGAAGACACUGAAGCCAUUUUUAAGAAAGCUCUCUCAGCUGUCAAAGGUGCCGACUCCGUCACUCUGAAGGAUAAGUACCUGGACUGGGCUUACCGAAGCGGUGGCUACAAAAAGGCCAGAGCUGUGUUUAAAAGUUUGCAGGAAAGCCGUCCAUUUUCAGUUGAUUUUUUCAGGAAAAUAAUCCAGUUUGAAAAGGAGCAAGAAUCCUGCAAGAUGGUGAACUUAAGAGAAUAUUAUGAGAGGGCUUUGAGAGAGUUCGGAUCUGUAGAUUCUGAUCUUUGGAUGGAUUACAUCAAAGAAGAACUGAACCACCCCCUUGGUAGACCUGAGAACUGCGGGCAGAUAUAUUGGCGAGCCAUGAAAAUGUUGCAGGGAGAGUCAGCAGAAGCAUUUGUAGCUAAACACGCUAUGCAUCAAGCCGGCCAUUUGUGACAAGAGGAAGAACGUACCCUGCUUUGGGAAAUAGCAUUGUAAGCCCUCUUGGCCAGAUUUGUAUUAGGAGUUCAUCUGCAGUUUGUUGAGAGAUAGCAGACAAGAUGGCUGUCUGAUUUUGGGACAUGCUUUUUUAGUUUUGUUAGCGUGUUAAUUUUUAAUUCCAGAAAAGAGAAUUGCUAUUUAGUGGCAAGAAGCUACUUGUUAAGGUCUGACCUACUACUGUACGGUCCUAAAUGUUUCUCAAAAUAUAUGGAAAUCAUACAACUGAGUUUUUCUUGUUACCCUUGGUCAAGAAUGAGUAGCUCUAAACUGUACCUAGGGGCCAGUAAUAAUGGAGGAGAAAGUACA